CACACAGUCGCUACGUGGAGGAGGAACGGGAUACGAUUCUACGACAACUGGUACAACGGCAACCACUCUCUCGCGCGCGCUGAGCCGCCCGAGUGGAAAGCUCUCGAGAGCUCCUCUUCCUGCCGCCAUGGCGAGCCCAAUGAUGACGAGAAAGAGAGAUGCUACACAGGAGUUUCUCAACAGUCUGUCAGAUCCGUUCAGUACAGCAAUUCAAGGCGAAGCGGCCUUGGCCUCUCUCGUUACAUCCGUCGUCCUGGCUGCCAUCUUGGCCCUCGUCUUCUGCUUCCUGCGACCCUACAACAGUGUCGUCUACGCCACACGAGCGAAAUACGCCGAUUCGAAACAUGCGCCGCCUCCGAUCAACAAAGGCCUGUUUGGCUGGAUCAGGCCACUGAUUCAGACGAAAGAGCCAGACUUGGUGCGCACCGUCGGUUUAGAUGCCGCUGUCUUUAUGCGAGUAUGCCGCAUGCUGAGGGACAUCUUCACCAUUCUGGCCGUGCUGGGCUGUGGCAUCGUCAUUCCGAUCAACCUGUGGGGAGCUGCGACGGCAUGUGGUGGUGCACCCACAUGCUACAAUGACAACGUGAAGUGGUUCAACAAGAUGCAGCCACAGUACAUGUAUGCGAGCGAAAAGUUCUGGGCAUAUCCGGUGGUGGCCUGGCUCUUCGAUCUGGUCAUUGUCUUUUUCUUGUGGAGGAAUUACAGGGCCAUCACGACGAUGCGCAGGCAAUACUUUGAGAGCGAGGAUUAUCAGCGGAGCUUACACGCCAGGACUCUGCUGCUCACGGAUAUCCCGACAGCCAUGCGAUCAGACGAGGGCAUCGCGAGGAUCACCGACCAGGUGAAGGCCACGCCAGAUAUGCCCAAAACAUCCAUCGCUCGCAACGUCAAGGACUUACCAGACUUGGUAGAAGAGCACGAGAAAUGCGUUCGCGAGCUCGAAGAACAUUUGGCCAAGUAUUUGAAGAAUCCAGACCGGCUGCCUCCAACCAGACCCCGGUGUAAACCACACAAGGAGGAUAAAUCGUACGGGACAUAUGCGAGAGGGACGAAAGUGGAUGCGAUCGAAUACUUGACCGGACGGAUCAAGGAGCUGGAAAUGGAGAUUAGAGAAGUGCGACAGAGUGUGGACAAGCGCAAUCCCAUGUCAUAUGGCUUCGCAUCGUACCAGCAAAUCACUUCUGCACACUGUGUGGCAUAUGCAGCGCGGAACAAGAGGUCUCAAGGAUCUUUGAUUCAACUGGCGCCGAAACCGAACGCAAUCGUCUGGAAGAAUUUGAAGAUGUCCCAUGGUCAAAGGAAGCGACGCGACUUUGUCAACGGCUUGUGGAUUGUGCUCCUCACAUUGGCGUGGGUCGCACCCAACAUCAUGAUUGCAGUCUUCUUGGCCAACCUGUCGAAUCUCGGCAAGGUAUGGCCGGCGUUUCAAAGGAAUUACCUUGCCCAUCGUACCUGGUGGGCCAUCGUCCAAGGUGUGGCCGCCCCUGCGCUGACGACAGCCUUCUACUUCUAUCUGCCUGCCAUCUUCCGCAAACUCUGCAUCAAGGCUGGAGACUUCACCAAAAGCAGCCGAGAACGACAUGUCUUCCGCAAUUUGUACAGCUUCUUCAUGUUCAAUAAUCUGAUCGUGUUCUCGCUGUUUGCUUCCGUCUGGUCCUGGGUCGCAAGUCUUAUCGGUGGAGCUUCCUUUGCAGACAGUCAGCCGUUCCACCAGAUCGUCGUGGGAUUGUGCAACGUGUCCACUUACUGGAUCUCAUGGAUGCUGCAACGUAAUCUCGGUGCUGCGGUCGACCUCAGUCAGUUAUGGACGCUGGUCUGGGGAUCAUACUCGAGACGCUUCCUGUCACCAACGCCUCGGAGAACGAUCGAGCUGUCCGCGCCUCAGUCAUUUGAUUACGCGGGCUACUAUAACUAUUUCCUGUUCUACACCAGCGUGGCUCUCACUUUCGCCACGAUCCAGCCGCUCGUACUCGCAGUGACCGCAUUGUACUUCUGGAUGGACUCCUACAUGAAGAAGUACCUGAUCCUGUAUGUGUUUAUUACCAAAUACGAAUCGGGAGGCAUGUUCUGGCGCUCCGUCUUCAAUCGAUUGCUCUUCGCGACCUUCUUUGGCAACCUCAUCAUUGCACUGAUCCUUGCGGCGCAAGGCUUCCUCGACGUUCGAUGGCCGAUGCUGGCAGCAUUGGUCCCCCUACCGCUGUUGUUGAUCGGCUUCAAAGUCUAUUGCAUGAGGACUUUUGACGAUGACAUUUACUACUACCAGACUGGCAAGGGCCUACAAUCGAAUGAAGCGUCGGCGAUGAUCGACGGCAAGAAGCGCAAGGGUGAUCGAGUGGGUGUUCGGUUCGGACAUCCCGUGCUGUACAAGCCACUCAUCACUCCGAUGGUCUCAUCGAAGAGUCAGCAUUUGUUAAAACAGAUAUACACCGGACGUACGUCCGUCGACGAGAGUGCGACCAUGGGCGGGUACAGCGAUGUGUACAUGGAGAACAUGAAUGCUCGUGCCCCAGGCAAGAAGGCACAAGACAGGAACAGUCUUGGGUGGGAGGUGGUGGACGAACACAACAUGGACUUUGAGAACUUCAAGAACCGUCCAGAGUUCCGAGAUGAGGCCGGUGGAGAUGGCGAGCUGUAUGGUCGUGCAGGUGACGUGAUUCGGCCGGGUACGCCAAGCUCGAUCGCCACUGGUCUGACGAGGGCCGGCACCUGGGAUUCCGAGUACGGCCAUUCACGAGAAGCCUCUGGUAACUCUGAGUGGCAUGAUCGAAGCGGCAGUGUCUCGCGAGAGACAUCACGAACCCGGGUGGCGGAUGCGGGCUAUACCAUGCCUGCGGGCUACCAUCAAGCACCAUUGAACCUGCGCGGUGAGUCGCCCAUGGGACGAUCAAUUGGUCAACUAUCUCGGCAGCAAAGCAGGGAGAAUCUGGUCCAGCACUCGGCGCAGAUGGGCCACAGCACACCUGGCGAUGUGGGUGGUGGGUAUGGCCCUGUACGAUAUGGCAAUGUUCCUGGGGAUACGCCAGGCGAUGAUCCUUAUGAACAAGAUACGAGUUAUGACUAUUUCCGACGCGGGAGGACAGGCAACCGAUAGACGGAGGGGAGUGCAAACAUGGAGAAAGGACUGUACGAAUGCAUGUGAGAAGGGGCGGGCGUUUUCAGGGAUCGAAUCGCCUUUGCAGGGGUGUAGUAAUCAUAGCGAUGGUUUGGGCAUGGGCAUGGGCAUUUGCGUGCAUUAUUGUGGGGUAUCAGGAGAUAGACAGCAUUGCUGCAGCUGCAGCAGCAUCAUCAUCAUCAUCAUCAUCAGAAC